CUCUUUUAUGUAGCCUUGAGAUUAAUGUUUUUAUGGUCUGCUCUAGGCCUCUAGUUCUUUGCUAAUUCCCAUAAUACCACUUCUAAUGUCCAUAAGAUCAAAGCUCCAUUCCCUCUGUUGGAUUCAACCUUAUUCUUCCCGCAACUCCCCCAAGCUCUCAUCUUUUUCGGCCCACCAUAUUUACUCCUGCAAUCUCAAGAUUGUGGAGUUAUCUCACUCAGGGAAGAUCCAAUCUGCCCGCAAGCUGUUCGAUCAAAUGCUCGAAAGAGAUGUUGUGUCUUGGAAUUCAAUGAUCACCGCGUACUGGCAACAUGGGCGUCUGGACCAAUCCAAGAAACUUUUUGUGUCCAUGCCGAAGAGGAAUGUGGUGUCUUGGAAUUCAAUGAUUGCUGGUUGUGUACACAAUGAUUGCUUAGAUGAUGCUUGCCUGUACUUCAGCACCAUGCCUGAGAAGAACCUUUCCUCAUGGAAUGCAAUGAUUGCUGGGUUCAUCAAGUAUGGCAUGGUGGAUGAAGCUAGGAGCUUGUUUGAGCAGAUGCCAAGGAGGAAUGUCAUUUCCUAUACUGCCAUGAUAGAUGGAUAUAUGCAGAAAGGAGAAGUUGACAAGGCUAGGGCGUUGUUUGAUUAUAUGCCAACAAAAAAUGAAGUUUCUUGGACUGUGAUGAUAAGUGGAUAUGUAGACAACAAUAGGUUUGAUCAGGCAAAGAAUUUGUUUGAGCAGAUGCCAACUAAGAAUAUUGUUGCUAAAACUGCCAUGGUAGUAGGGUUCUUCAAGGAGGCUCGCAUGGACGAAGCAAAGAUACUAUUUGAUGGGAUUUCUUCUAAAGAUACUGUUGCCUUUAAUGCAAUGAUAGCAGGUUAUGUGCAAAAUGGAUGCAAUGAGGAGGCGUUGAAUUUACUCGUUCAAAUGUUGAGGAUGUGUCUACAGCCAGAUAUUUCCACUGCUGUUUCAGCUCUUAAUGCAUGCUCAAAUCUUGCAUCAAUAGCUAUAGGGAGACAAAUGCAUUCAUUGAUUCUUAAAACUGGGUUGGAAUCCAAUUUCCCGGCAUGUCAUGGUUUGAUUACCAUGUAUGGUAAAUGUGGUAGCAUUCUUGAUUCUGAAUUCGCUUUUGAACUUAUCACCAACCCAGACCUUGUUUCUUGGAACACCAUCAUAGCUGCCUUUGCGCAACAUGGCCUGUAUGAGAGAGUCGUUGCAUUCUUUGAGCGGAUGGUAUCCAAAGGACAUGAACCGGAUGGGAUAACGUUUCUCAGCUUAUUGUCUGCUUGUGCGCAUACAGGGAUGGUUAAAGAGAGCAUGUUUUGGUUUGAUUCAAUGGUUAGAACCUACAAACUUAGUCCCCAGUCUGAGCACUAUGCUUGUUUGAUUAACAUUUUAGGGCGAGCAGGCGAAUUGGAGAAAGCUUUCCAGAUCGCCCAAGAGAUGCCUUUCAAAGCUGACUCUGCUGCUUGGGGUGCUCUUCUUGCAAGCAGUUUUGCUCACUCAAAUUUGGAACUGGGAAUGCUCGCCGGGGAGAAAAUCGUGGAACUGGGUUCUCGGAAUUCAGCAUCAUAUGUUAUGUUGUCUAACAUAUAUGCUGCAGCUGGGAUGUGGGGGGAGAUCUCAAGAAUGAGAGGCUUGAUGAAAGAGCAAGGGAUUAAGAAGCAACCUGCUUGCAGUUGGACUGAAAUAGAAAGUAAAGUCCAUUGCUUUUUGGGAGGUGAUUCUUCUCAUCCUAAUAUGCAAGAAAUUCAUUCAACAAUCAAGCAGAUCAACUUGCAGAUGAAAUCGCAAAAGGACUUUCUAAUUGGUAACUUUUUCCUGGAUAUUUCUUAGCUGAAAUGCAUUGCUAUUGACAUAUCCCCUAAGCAAAUCAGCAGCUGGGAUUUGGACACUGGAGUGGUAUUACCAAACCAACAGAUGGUGAAACAUGGAGAGCAAGCAUUAAGCAGAGCAACCGAGCAAGUUCAAUCUGGUUUAGUGCCCUGAGGCAUAGCUCAGUGGUCGAAAGGUUGAGUGUGGGUGGAGUGAUCCAACGAAUACCCCGGGUUUGAAUCCUCAAUGGGAGAGGAUAUCAAUCUUAGGGCAAAAAGCAAGCACUCAGAUCUUGCGUCACUAAGAUACAUCCCGUGAUUUAAUUACCUCCUCUCACAAUCCUCCGGGCAGGGAGUGAGGGGCCCUCAAGUUGAGGGUUUAAACCUAGUAGAAAGCUCGCCCCUGAUGAAUUAGCCGAACCAGCACUCCACCUGCCAUUGUCUUGAUAGAUGAGGUAAAUUAAAUUAUGAGAUUUGAUUCGAUUUACAGUUCCUCAAAAUGCUUGUAAACCAAACAUUUUGUCUAUAUUUGGUGAAAAAUGAAUGCCAAAGUCUGUCAUUCAGGUAGACAACUUCUGUGCUUAGGUUGAUUUCUCCAAAACCAAGCAUGCAGUUAAUAGAACAGUCCAUUCUACUAGCCCACUUUGACCAUACUAUUGCUAUCUAAUACAACUACUAGUGAAUUUUCUGAUGUUUCAGUUUAAUUAUCAAACUUUUUAGCAUUCAUGCACGUUUAAUUUCAUAUAUAAUGCUACUUUAUUAUAUAUUUGAAGCCAUGGUUGAGACAAUCUAACAGUCCUUGAUAUAUACAAAGACUUGUAAGUUGUUAGCA